UCCAUGUGCAAGACAGAACAAGCGAUGGGGUUCAGUAGCAGCAGCAAGAGGUGGUUAUCGGAGGGAUACAAGAAGGUGGUGAGUGGUCUGGUGAACCCAAAACACAAGAGGUUCGGGAUACUGGAAGAUCACCCAGUGGGUCGGGACCAUGCUCAAGCAGCAGUUGAAUCACAACAAAACCUAAAAGAUAACAUCAAAGCGAUUAAAAAAGAGUUCAAGAUCUAUAGAUGGAACCCUGAUCUUCCAUCCCAGAAACCAUUUCUUAAAUCAUACUUUAUUGAUCUCACCACCUGUGGCCCCAUGGUUUUGGAUGCAUUGCAGAAGAUAAAAGCAGAAUAUGAUUCAUCAUUGAGCUAUAGAAGAUCAUGUAGAGAAGGAAUAUGUGGGUCUUGUGCCAUGAACAUUGAUGGGACCAACACAGUGGCAUGUUUAAAGCCAAUUGACACAGACACCAGUAAGGCUACAUACAUCACACCUUUGCCACAUAUGUAUGUGAUUAAAGAUCUUGUUGUUGAUCUCACAAAUUUUUACCAACAAUACAAGUCUAUUGAGCCAUGGUUGAAGACUAAGAAACCUCCACCAGAUGGAAAAGAAUACUUGCAAACACCUUCGGAUAGAAAGAAACUUGAUGGUUUAUAUGAGUGUAUAUUGUGUGCUUGUUGUAGCACUUCUUGUCCAUCCUACUGGUGGAACCCGGAGGAGUUUGAUGGGCCCGCAGCAUUGCUGCACGCCCAUCGCUGGAUCUCCGACAGCCGCGAUGACUACACGGAGGAGAGAUUGCAUGCCCUUAUGGAGAACGACAAACGUUUGUACCGGUGUAGAACAAUAAAGAAUUGUACUGCCACAUGUCCCAAAAGCUUGAAUCCAGCACGUGCUAUCCGUCAAAUGGAGGCUAUGAAGUCUAAGAACCCAAUUUCUGCUCGUGUAGCUGAGACGAUAUGAUCUUGUGAAAUGGUUGGGCUUUUAGUUGUCUUGAUGUACAAAGCGUGCGCAUUCGACCGUUCUAGUUGUUGUAUGUAGGUUUAAGAACUAUAACAAAAAUAUUCAAUAAAUAUCAACUAUUAUUAUCAUAUAACAGAAAA